AUGUUGAGAAAAUUAACCUCUCCCGGGAACCUCCGCGGGCUCCGCGGGCUUCGCACAUUUGCAACCCCUUCCAUCCAAACCACCGUCUUGCCCAACGGCCUUACCGUUGCCUCUCAGAGCAUCCCCAGCGUAUCCACUGCCAAUGUCGCCGUGUACGUGGACACGGGCUCGCGCGCAGAAAACGAUGCCAACAACGGUAUUGCCCACUUCUUGGAGCAUCUAUCCUUCAAAGGGACCUCCAAGCGGUCAAAAGCCCAGAUUGAACUCGAGGUGGAGAAUAUCGGCGCCCACUUGAACGCCUACACGUCCCGCGAAAAUACGUGCUACUGGGCAAAGUGCUUGAAAACGGACGUGGAACAGGCGUGCGAUGUCUUGGCCGACAUCGUGACCCGCUCAACUUACCCCUCCAAUGCCAUCGAGUACGAACGGAAUGUCAUCUCGCAGGAGUACGAGUCAGUACAGAGCAUGACCAUCGAGGUGUUGUUCGACGACCUCCACACGUUAACGUACCAGGGCCACCCGCUCGGGUACACGAUCCUCGGGCCGUUGGAAAACAUUCGCACGCUCUCAAAAGCACAGUUCACAGACUUUGUCAAGUCGUUGUACAAGGGUGACCGCAUGGCGGUCGUGGGCACCGGCGCUAUCCGUCACGAGGAGUUUGUGGCACAGGUAGAACAGUGCUUCGGCCAUGUGCCAAAGUCCGAGCGGCCUGUCCGGCUCGGCUCGAUCCGCGGGCCGCUCCCGGUGUUCCACGGCGGGGAGAUCAAAACUCAGGACUUGUCGUUGAAGGAGACGUUUGCUGUUCUCACGGUCGAGGGCUGUGCCUGGAGCGACCCGGACUAUGCGACGUCGUUGGUAGCACAGACCAUCAUCGGAAACUGGGAAAGGACCCAGGGAGUCACCUCCGACAACCAGCUCACCGUGACCGCGGCCACCGGCGGCCCCAACGGCACCCCCUUGGCCAACCAGUACUCUUCAUUUUCCACAAACUACAAGGAUACCGGCUUGUGGGGGGUCUACUUCAUGGCAGACCAGGCGUCGGACUUGAAGCCGUUGGUUGACGGCAUCUUGUACGAGUGGGCGUGUUUGCGCAGCGGACGCGUCUCCGCUGAGGCGGUGGAGGCCGCCAAAGAUGUCUUGAAGGGUCAGGCCAUCUUGAACAUGGGCAACAACGAGCAGAUCGGCGAGUGCAUCGGUAGAAACAUCUUGAGUUCCGGUAGGGCCAUCUCGCCCGAGGAGAGCUUGAAGCAGAUUGAGGAGGUUACCCGCGAUGAUGUUGUCAAGUGGGCUCAGAAGCGUUUGGGUAGCGACAAGGAUGUGGCUGUUGCGUGUAUCGGGAAUACCCACACCUUGCCCGGCCUGGACUACAUCCGUGCCGGCAUGCAGAUGAUGUUGUAA